GCCUGCUCUCUGAGGACAGGGCACUGGGGACAGAAACGGAGGAAGACGCACAGGGACGGAAAGCUACUCUGUGCUCCUGGAGGUGGAGGAAUCGAUCCUGUGACCACGUCCGUCCUGCCCAGAGCGAUGUGCAGAUCCGGGGCCAUCGCAUCGAACUCCCCACGACGCCGUCACGGACACGGGACGGACACCCCGACCCGCGCGCGGAGACGGGACGGACCCCGCGCUGCCAGAGCGGCGGGAGCGCAAGCACCGCCGGGGCACUUGCUCCCGGACCGCGAACCGCGUAAAGACGCGGCGGGAACCGAGUCGGCGCGGAGCAGGAAGACGGACGCGCGGCCCCGCAGGCCCAGGGCCCGGAGCGGGAUGACCCGACGGCCGCGCGCACAGCCCCGCGGGGGACACAGUGUUACCGCGCACGAAGCCGCGCCGGGCCCUUGCUCCGCCCGGUCCCCUGAACACCGACCCCCUCAGCAUCCCCGUUCCGGAAGCUCCUCCUCCCCGGGCCUCGCUUUCUCCUCACCUGCUCCUCCCGCGGCGGGUCCUGAGGAGACGGGUUCUUGUCGGCGUGGACGCGGCCCCACGUCCUCCAGAAGCCGCCACAGCGCGGGUCCUGAAGAAGCGGAGCUCCUGUCACUCAAGAGGCGCGCUGAAUGCGCGUGCGCGCGCCCGCGUCAGGGAGCGGGGCUCGGGCGCCCCCUGCAGGCAGUGGCGGUAGUGCGGGACAACACUGGGCUCACAGGUCCGUGGAGGCAGCGCCCCCUCCUGGCCGCCCGCUAAAUCCAUGACAUUUUGGAAAUUGAAACUGAAGCGGAGCUCACUGUCCCCCAACUUCGCCAAAAAUAGUUAAGGAACAAUUAAUUGGAAACCAUAUGAAAUGAAAUGUACACACAAACUUUACAACCUACACCAAAAUUCACUGGACCCGCAGUAAAUUCAAAAUGCAAACAGAAAGAGCAGCUCUUCCUGCCCACAGGUCCUGUCCCUGUGCUUCAAUAAAAUCACCUUUGUGCACCAAAGACGUUUUCAAGAAUUCUUUCUUGGCAUGGACUCAGGACCCCGCGAACCCCACUAUCACCCCCAAAAACCUCAUCAUUUAUAUGGCGCCCAUCAUGUGGGGCAAUGAGUCUUUUCAUCUGUACUCUGAGCUAGUGCAAACUUGAUGAGUACUCUUUCCUUCCUUUGCCCUCAUUUCAGGGCCUUUUGAGAAGAAUGCUCUUAUUGGAACACUUUCAUGUCAAUCACGCACGCUGCAAUCCCCUCAACCGUGGCUACUCUACGGGGAGAAAAAGCCUGCCUUAUGGCUGGAAGUUAGUACCCUGGCCAGAACGGUAACAUUUUUAAGGAACUAAGAAUGACUAUGAAGCAUGACGCCAAUAAAGCCCCUUGGAAAUGUUGGCCUGAUACCUUGCUUACAGAGUUCCCAGAAUCCUUACAAGUGUCUCCCUGCCUGGUGCCAACACUCCUUCACAACCAUAACUUCUAGAAGAUAGCUGAUCCUUUCUACUCAAGGAGGUUCAUAUAUGUUGUCUACCUUGGAUUGGCUGCCUCUGCCAGUGGUAACUCCUAUGUAUAAAUACCUUCCCCAAUUGACCAAUAUUGGCCCAUAGGUAGGGACAUCUCUGUGCCCCUACUCAGCAGGAAGAAGUUACAGAAGAUGAGAACUUCCACCCUCAGCAACCUCAAAGAUUUUAAGGGCCAAAAUUGUCCAGGGGGGAAUGAUGUGGGAAACAAAGGCAGAAGGAAAUGGCAGAUAAAAGUAAAUUUCGCUAUAACCUGCAGCCCAUUGGCAAAUACUUGAGGAAGGUUUCUCCAGGAACUCACUACAGUCUCAAUGCUAAUGAUUUGCUUAGGGGGAAAGACAAUAUUAGCUUGACAAUAGCUAGUCUUCCAAUAUCCAGUGAGUCUUCUUUAGCAUAUGAAAAUCUCACUAGAG